GCACAUAUCUUUGUCUUAUCCCUGACCGACGCAGGCAGCAACAUCAACACAUGUGAAGAAAAACAUGGAUACAACACCAGAUAAAAGGCGCUGAUGUUGACACAAACCUCCCCUCUGAUCAUUUGUAAGGGCAAAGAGCCUCUGGUUUAACUUCAUUAUUGUUAUUAUUGUUGUAAAAAAAUAGUUUGAGCAAAAUGGAUCUUACAACCAAACAUGGACUGGUCCUGCUCGACCAGUUGAAGAGGAUGAGGGAGUCUGAGCAUCUCACAGAUGUGGUUCUGGUGGCUGAGGGCAUCAGUUUUCCCUGUCACAGAGUUGUGCUGUCCGCCUUCAGCCCUUACUUCCGCGUCAUGUUCACGUGUGGCCUUCGUGAGUGCAACAAUAGAGAGAUAUUCCUGCACGACACUCCUGCAGACAGCCUGGCUCUUCUCUUGAACUAUAUGUACUGUUCAGAUCUGCCUCUUACCAACUCCAAUGUGCAAGGCAUCUCCAUCGCAGCUUUCCUCCUGCAGAUGGAUGAGGUCUUCACUCGCUGUCAGCUGCACAUGACCGAGAACAUGGACGCUUCCAACUGCCUUGGUGUGUACUACUUUGCCCGGGACCUUGGCGCAGAGGAACUAGCUGACCACGCUCAUCGCUUCUUAAGACAGCACUUUGUCCAAGUCUGCCAGAAUGAGGAGAUCCUGGAGCUGGAAGCCCACCAGCUGGGGAAGCUCCUAACCUCGGAUGACCUCAAUGUUUCCAGAGAAGAGACAAUCCUGGAUGUGGUCCUUCGCUGGGUCAGUCACAGCACACUAACAGAUGGGGAGGUUCGUAUUCUGCACCUACCAGAGCUCCUAAGGAAGGUCCGCUUGCCCCUGAUAAGCCCCGACUAUUUAAAGGAGGCGAUAAAAAGAAACACGGCCCUGCUGUCUGAUGCCGAAUGUCUUGAGAUAAUGAAUGAAGCCUUGGAGGCCACAGCGAUGCAUCCCUCUGCUGCACCACGUAAACUGAAGCUGCGUUACGGCAUGGAGACCACAGAUUUACUGCUCUGCGUUGGUAAUGAUGGUGGUGGGAUUAGGUCAAGAUAUGGCAACUUUGGCGAGCGCAGCUUCUGCUAUGCCCCAUCCACGGGCCGAAUCUAUUACAUCACCUCACCUCGCUACGGAGAGGCUCUGGGGUAUGUCUGUGCUGGGGUUGUAACUCAGAGAAAUGACAUUAUUGUGGCAGGAGAGGCAGGUGCACGCAGAAUGGCCCGACAGAAAAUCAUGAAUGUUGAAAUCUACAAGUACAAAGAAGAGACCCAAGGAACCUGGCAGCACCUGACAUCAGCAGAAUAUCGUGAUUCAUACACCCUGGGAUCAGUGGGUGACACUUUGUACCUGAUAGGUGGGCAGAUGAAGCUUAAGAACCAGUUUCUCAUCACUAACUGUGUGGAGAGAUGGUCUCUGCAGGGUGGACCCUGGAGGAGUGCAGCACCCCUGCCUAUGGCACUUGCCUAUCACAGCAUGGUCCGGAUGAAUGAUCGCCUUUAUGUGAUAGGUGGUCGCAGCCCACAGUCAUACCGGAUGGAUGAUGAGCCAGACCGUCUUAGUAACCGCCUCCUGGAGUACGAUCCCAACACAAACAGGUGGACAGAACUGUGUCCCAUGAAGUUCUCAAAGUACCGCUGCAGCACUGUGGUACUCAAUGGAGAAAUCUUUGUCAUGGGGGGCAUUGGCUGUGAAGGUGUGGACCGUGGGCAAUCACGCCACUGCCUCGACGCUGUGGAGAUCUACAACCCGGAUGGAGAUUACUGGAGCGAUGGUCCUCCUCUCCCAUGUGCACAACUCUCACUGCGCACCAACGCUUGUAACGCAGGAGUGGUGGGAGGCAAGAUCUAUGUGUGUGGAUAUUUCAAAGGAGCAGAUCGCCAUGAUGUCAUAACAAAGGAUAUUUUAGAGCUGGACCCGUGGGAGAAGCGGUGGACAGUGGCGGCUCGGCACGUUCUGAUGCAUGACAACUAUGAUGUCUGCUUAGUGGCAAGUCUGAACCCGAGGGGACUCAUGUCCCCACCUGCAGACUUAGUAAAACUGUGACACCCCUGCCACAUCAGAUCAAAGUCUGCCUGAGAGAAUCAGUAAAUUAAUUAUUAUUAAUGCACUUUUCGCUGGGCCAAAGCCAUUCUUUUUUUUCUUUCUUUUAAGCAGAAAAGGUCUUAGUCUGCAUGAAAGAGGAGGUUAAUGAUUUGCAAGUUGUUCAGUGAGAAUAGAAAGUUUGUAAAUAAAGUGCUUGUGUUGUGUCUCUUUUA